AUGGCGACAGCGUCUGGAGGACCGAAUCUUGUGGCUCCUGGGACCAGCCAGAGUCCACGCACCACCACAGCACAGCGAAAGAAAAACGGAAAUCUGUCCGCGAGGUUUUGGGAGAGCCCCGAUACCCUGGCUCAGCUCGAGACUGUCCGACAGUGGAUCGGGAAGCACUACAAAAAGGUGCGUGAGCUAACACUAGCAUAGCGGCUAACUCCACUGUUGAUUCGGACUAAAUGAAAACUAGGCAGUCUCUCACCACUUUGUUACUAACUGUUUAUUAAAAACAUUUGCUGUAUGCGGUAACAUCAACAUCAACCUUAUCCAGCUAUCUGAGGUUGGAAGCUAGCUAACAAGAUGGCUAGUACACUAACGUUAGCUCUUUUUACAAGCUAAUUCUGUUACAUUAUGACCUGUUUUUACACUUAUUGCUAAUGUGCUCCAUAUUUAGUACUGACUGCUGCGGAUAGUAUGACGUAGCUAGAUGCUCAAGCUAUACUAGAUGUCUGACUGUUGGCUAUCUAUACUAGUUACAUGUCCUUUUGGAUUACUCUGUGUGUAAGGAUGACUCUGUGUGUGUGUGUGCGCAGUAUGUGCAGGCAGACUCUCCAUCCUGCCCGGCUCUAGCUUCCCUCACACUGCAGCUGCUACAGUUCCAGGAAGAGGUUCUUGGCAGAAGUGCAGACAAACCCACACUCACCAAGCUACCUGUGAGUACACACACACGCGCACACUAACACAUACUCUCAACCCAUGCUCACCAAACUGCCCCUGGGUGUACUCCCCUCUAGUCUCAGUGCUUCCUGGACCUGCUGCCUGGAGGCGGGCUUUGCCACAUCCUUGGCUCCGCCUACAAGUUCAAGAUGGAUCAGGGCUGGUGAGUGACAGAUCUUAUUACCUAUCUUGUACCUCCUAUCCCCUACCUUCUACCUCUAUCAGGGCUUGUGAGUGACACCUCCGGGCCACGUCCCAUUUCAGCCCCUGCUUGGUGAUCUGCAUGGCACUAUACCUCAAGUGUGUGCUUAUGACACAGAAAGCAUUUCACUGAGACCCUCCACCCUUUCUCCACUCUUCCUUAUUUCCAUUUCCUUUAUCCCUUUCUCCCUCCCCCAGGAGAAGGUUUGACCUACAGAACUCCUCUAGGACGGACCAUAACUUAGAGAUGUUUACUACCCUGGAGAAGAACCUGGUCCAGAAUAGCUGUCUUUCGAGGCCCGUGGUGUAUGUGGACCAGGAGGUGGAUCAGAACCUGAACAGCAGACUGGCUGACAUCAUCACCAAACACCAGGUGAGGGAGGGGGAUUUAUGUAAUAUUGCCAGAAUGGUGGGUAAUGUUGUUUUCUCUCUUGGUUAAUGUAGUUGUCUGUCUCAGGGUUCGUUGACUGAGGACAGAACCCAGGCCUCUCACCACAUCUACCCCCGUCCAGCCGUUACAGAUCACGGUCAGUGUGCGUAUGUGUUCAUAGUCGGUGUUGACAGCUAUGACCCCAAUUUCCAUUUUAAGUGACCGUGUGUGUCUACUGAUUGUUCCAGAUGAGUGGGUGCGUCCCAUCAUGCGGAAAAACAAGCAUGUGUUGGUGCACUGGGGAAGGCACCCUGACAGGUAACACACACACACACACACACACACACACACACCAUAAUCAUGUGUAUGACUGUGUUUGUGUUUCAUGUAGCUACGAUAGCUGGCUGUCCUCUAGUGAUGUAGAGGGAGAGGUGGAGGAACCACCACACACACACAGACCUUGGAGGGUAAGAACACACACAUACUAGGGCUGUCCUUUGACCCCCCAAAAAAAUAUUGGUCGACCGAGAGUCGUUUGUUCUUUCGACCAAUUGAUUGGUCUCAAUUUUAAAACGUGUAUUUUUCCAUAUGUAGACGCAUCCUAUGUGUUUUAAUCAAAUCAACUAUAUGCACUGAGCUUGUCUGAUGCUUUAAACGCACUGUUUGAUGAAAUAAUUAAGACACACACAUGACUAGAGGGAGUCCGACCGCAAUUAAAUUGAGUGUGCCAGGCGGGGCUCAGACUUGCUGUGUUAAAAAAACGACAGCGAGUGACUGUGUGACUAGCACCCCGUUGUCUCUCUCUCCUCCCUGCUGCAGCGACCACCACAGAACGUCAACCGUGUUUUUAUCACGCUGUCCGUGUUGCUGAAGCUGCAACAUAAUUACAGCCGUUUCUGACUGAAAUGUUCUGUUACCGAAAUCUCUAAUUCCCUCAACCCUUGCUCUCUUUACGUGACACAUGUAUGCAUUGCAGGGCACGUGUCCAAUAGGGCCUGACCUAUAGCAUGUCAUGGGGCGGCAGGUAGCUUAGUGGUUAAGAGCGUUGUGCCAGUAACCGAAAGGUCGCUGGUUCUAAUCCCCGAGCCGACUAGGUGAAAAAUCUGUCUGUGCCCUUGAGCAAGGCACUUAACCCUAAUUGCUCAUGUAAGUCGCUCUGGAUAAGAGCGUCUGCUAAAUGACAAAACAUUUUUUUUAUAUAUAUAUCAUAAGCACAUCAAUAAAUUGGUUAUAACAAACUCUGAACACCAUAACAAGUGACAGCAAAAUGGAUGCAGAGGACGUGACAAAUAAACUUGAAACGGGGGAAUGUUUACUGGUUUCUCAGGAGGUAAAGGGGAAUGUUUACUGGUUUCUCAGGAGGUAAAGGGGAAUGUUUACUGGUUUCUCAGGAGGUAAAGGGGAAUGUUUACUGGUUUCUCAGGAGGUAAAUGGGAAUGUUUACUGGUUGCACAGGAGGUAAAGGGGAAGUCAGAUGUGUGGAAUAAAUUUGACUAGUUGUGGAAAAUAGUGGAGAUCAAGAAAAAUAAGUUAAGGAGCAAGCGCUGCAUGCAUGUUAUGUGUGCCGAACAGGAUCAGAUUAGAACAAUGGAAACCACACUAAAUAAAAGCGUACCAGAGAGUCUGUUGUAAAGAAAUGUAGUUACUUGUAAAGCCUUUAUUACAGCAAAGACUAUACGGUCGCAUUCAUCGUGAGUGCAAUUUCCGAAAUGGAAAGGUUUAUUCAUUGUUUACGCUAAUUAUUCAAGGAUCGCUUUAUUUUAUUUUAGAAACUAAAAUCCUUGAUUUUUGGAUUUCUUUCAAGAAUGACUCAUAUGCUUGUGUGAUGACAUAGCCAAUAUAACUAUUGAAAUAUAGGCCUAAGUAAUUUACGGUGUUAAAGACUAAACAGGAUGCGCUCUUAGGCCUACAGCUCGAUGGUGGUCACGCAAGGUUGCUAUACUAAGCCUACUAAUGAUAAUGACAUCAUUUAUAAUGAUAAUGAUGAUCAUAAUAAUAAUAGUGAAAAUAAUAAUAAUAGUAAAAAUAACAAGGAGAUCAUGAAAAAGGAGGGUUAUUAUUAUUUUCUUGACGUUUUGGAACAGUGUAAACAACACUAAAUAACAUAUAAAUAAUACCAGAGAGGCUGUUCUAACGAAAAUAACGUGUGUAGCUAUGGUUGCGUGAGGCUUGGCGCUCACGGAAUCAGUAGACUAUUAAACAAACACUCAUACGGGCAACAGAAGCAGGAUCUGUCUUAUUUCUGUAGAUAGAGUGGGGAAAAAAAGUAUUUAGUCAGCCACCAAUUGUGCAAGUUCUCUCACUUAAAAAGAUGAGAGAGGCCUGUAAUUUUCAUCAUAGGUACACGUCAACUAUGACAGACGAAAUGAGACAAAAAAAUCCAGAAAAUCACAUUGUAGGAUUUUUAAUGAAUUUAUUUGCAAAUGAUGGUGGAAAAUAAGUAUUUGGUCAAUAACAAAAGUUUCUCAAUACUUUGUUAUAUACCCUUUGUUGGCAAUGACACAGGUCAAACGUUUUCUGUAAGUCUUCACAAGGUUUUCACACACUGUUGCUGGUAUUUUGGCCCAUUCCUCCAUGCAGAUCUCCUCUAGAGCAGUGAUGUUUUGGGGCUGUCGCUGGGCAACACGGACUUUCAACUCCCUCCAAAGAUUUUCUAUGGGGUUGAGAUCUGGAGACUGGCUAGGCCACUCCAGGACCUUGAAAUGCUUCUUACGAAGCCACUCCUUCGUUGCCCGGGCGGUGUGUUUGGGAUCAUUGUCAUGCUGAAAGACCCAGCCACGUUUCAUCUUCAAUGCCCUUGCUGAUGGAAGGAGGUUUUCACUCAAAAUCUCACGAUAUAUGGCCCCAUUCAUUCUUUCCUUUACACGGAUCAGUCAUCCUGGUCCCUUUGCAGAAAAACAGCCCCAAAGCAUGAUGUUUCCACCCCCAUGCUUAACAGUAGGUAUGGUGUUCUUUGGAUGCAACUCAGCAUUCUUUGUCCUCCAAACACGACGAGUUGAGUUUUUACCAAAAAGUUAUAUUUUGGUUUCAUCUGACCAUAUGACAUUCUCCCAAUCCUCUUCUGGAUCAUCCAAAUGCACUCUAGCAAACUUCAGACGGGCCUGGACAUGUACUGGCUUAAGCAGGGGGACACGUCUGGCACUGCAGGAUUUGAGUCCCUGGCGGCGUAGUGUGUUACUGAUGGUAGGCUUUGUUACUUUGGUCCCAGCUCUCUGCAGGUCAUUCACUAGGUCCCCCCGUGUGGUUCUGGGAUUUUUGCUCACUGUUCUUGUGAUCAUUUUGACCCCACGGGGUGAGAUCUUGCGUGGAGACCCAGAUCGAGGGAAAUUAUCAGUGGUCUUGUAUGUCUUCCAUUUCCUAAUAAUUGCUCACACAGUUGAUUUCUUCAAACCAAGCUGCUUACCUAUUGCAGAUUCAGUCUUCCCAGCCUGGUGCAGGUCUACAAUUUUGUUUCUGGUGUCCUUUGACAGCUCUUUGGUCUUGGCCAUAGUGGAGUUUGGAGUGUGACUGUUUGAGGUUGUGGACAGGUGUCUUUUAUACUGAUAACAAGUUCAAACAGGUGCCAUUAAUACAGGUAACGAGUGGAGGACAGAGGAGCCUCUUAAAGAAGAAGUUACAGGUCUGUGAGAGCCAGAAAUCUUGCUUGUUUGUAGGUGACCAAAUACUUAUUUUCCACCAUAAUUUGCAAAUAAAUUCAUAAAAAAUCCUACAAUGUGAUUUUCUGGAUUUUUUUCCCUCAAUUUGUCUGUCAUAGUUGACGUGUACCUAUGAUGAAAAUUACAGGCCUCUCAUCUUUUUAAGUGGGAGAACUUGCACAAUUGGUGUCUGACUAAAUACUUUCCCCCCCCAUAAAUGGAUGAUUUAUAAAGCCAGGCAUGUUUAACAGGUAGGCUAUUGAUUAUAGACCUAAUUAAGUUGGCAUUUCCUCUCUCCUCACUUUUCUUAGAAAAUUAAGGCAAUGGCUGUUUUCACAUCUCCUAACUCCACUGCUGCCUCCGCCGCAUUGUUCUCAACACCAAUAUGCUGGUUAACUUAGCUAUUAUGCACAUAGCAACAUGGUCUCGGAAAAGGCGCCAAUUCAACAGCGCACUGAUGUUUCAGAACGCUGGAGAAAGCGCAUUUGUUAUAAAAUAAUAUUAUUCUUAUUAGUGAUGCACCAUUGUUCUUACGUAAUAUAACCAUAUACUGUUUCAGUAGCACGUCUUAGAGUGAUGGACUGUACCACCCCCACGGCCUCCACAGUGGAUCAGUCCACUCAGACAGGAGCCAAUCAGACAGGUGUCUUGUGCACCAUUAUCUUUUUUUUAAAUUAUUUUUUUGCUACUGCUCAACUAAAGAAAUCUCAGUCGACCAUCAGCCUAUUGACCAAACAAUCGACCAGUCGACUAAAUUGGGUCAGCCCUAACACACACACACACACACACACACACACACACACACACACACACUUCUAUGGCUAUUUCCCACAAGUGUUGAAUGUGUGUGUGUGUGUGUACAGGUGCAUGCAGGCUGGGUGUUGGAUACGGAGGUGUAUAAUGAAUGGAUGAAUGAAGAAGACUACUUGGUAAAUGACAGAAACGUUCCUCUCAUCCUCCGCCGGAGAGUCCACCUCACAGACCAACAGGUGUGUGUCUGUGUCUCUGUGUGUGUCUGUGUCUCAGUGUGUGUGUGUCUCUGUGUGUUUCUGUGUCUCAGUCGUCUGUGUCUCUGUGUGUGUCUCUGUGUGUGUGUGUGUGUGUGUCUGUGUCUCAGUGUCUGUGCCUCAGUGUCCCAGUGUGUUUCUGUUUCUGUCUGUGUGUUUCUGUGUCACAGUCUCUCUGUGUCUCCGUCUGUCUGUCUGUCUGUGUCUCAGUCUGUGUGUUUCUGUGUCUCAGUGUCUGUGUGUUUCUGUGUCUCAGUCGUGUGUGUCUCUCUGUGUGUCUCUGUGUGUCUCUGUGUGUGUGUGUGUCUAUUUGUGUUUGUGUGUGUGUGUCUCAGUGUGUGUGUCUGUGUCUCAGUGUCUGUGUCCCAGUGUGUUUCUGUUUCUGUCUGUGUGUUUCUGUGUCACAGUCUCUCUGUGUCUCUGUCUGUCUGUCUGUCUGUGUCUCAGUCUGUGUGUUUCUGUGUCUGUUUGUUUCUGUGUGUUUCUGUGUCUUUGUGUGUUUCUGUGUCUCAGUCGUCUGUGUCUAUCUGUCUGUGUGUGUCUCUGUGUGUGUCUGUCUCAGUGUGUGUCUGUCUCAGUGUGUGUCUGUGUCUCAGUGUGUGUGUGUCUGUGUCUCAGUGUGUCUGUGCCUCAGUCUGUGUGUUUCUGUGUGUUUCUGUGUCUUUGUGUGUUUCUGUGUCUGUGUGUUUCUGUCUGUCUGUCAGUCUGUGUGUAUGUGUGUGUGUCUGUGUCUCUGUGUGUGUGUGUGUCUGUGUGUGUGUGUGUUUCUGUGUCUGCCACAGUGUGUGUAUGUCUGUGCCUCAGUGUGUGUGUGUCUCUGUGUCUCAGUGUGUAUGUGCGAGAGAUCCUGUUGCUCAGUGCUGAGUGUGUGCUGGUGAAAUUGGUGUGUGUGUGAUGUCCUCUCUCCUCAAUCUUUAACCGAGGCCUGUGUGAUGUCCUCUCUCCUCAAUCUUUAACCGAGGCCUGUGUGAUGUCCUCUCUCCUCAAUCUUUAACCGAGGCCUGUGUGAUGUCCUCUCUCCUCAAUCUUUAACCGAGGCCUGUGUGAUGUCCUCAAUCUUUAACCGAGGCCUGUGUGAUGUCCCUCUCUCCUUCAAUCUUAACCGAGGCCUGUGUGAUGUCCUCUCUCCUCAAUCUUAACCGAGGCCUGUGUGAUGUCCUCAAUCUUUAACCGAGGCCUGUGUGAUGUCCUCUCUCCUCAAUCUUUAACCGAGGCUGUGUGAUGUCCUCUCUCCUCAAUCUUUAACCGAGGCUUGUGUGAUGUCCUCAAUCUUUAACCGAGGCCUGUGUGAUGUCCUCAAUCUUUAACCGAGGCCUGUGUGAUGUCCUCAAUCUUUAACCAAGGCCUGUGUGAUGUCCUCAAUCUUUAACCGAGGCUUGUGUGAUGUCCUUCUCCUCAAUCUUUAACGAGGCUGUGUGAUGUCCUCUCUCCUAAUCUUUAACCGAGGCCUGUGUGAUGUCUCUCUCUCCUCAAUCUUUAACCGAGGCCUGUGUGAUGUCCUCAAUCUUUAACCGAGGCCUGUGUGAUGUCCUCAAUCUUUAACCGAGGCCUGUGUGAUGUCCUCUCCUCAAUCUUUAACCGAGGCUUGUGUGAUGUCCUCUCCUCAAUCUUUAACUGAGCCCUGUGUGAUGUCCUCUCUCCUCAAUCUUUAACUGAGGCCUGUGUGAUGUCCUCUCUCCUCAAUCUUUAACUGAGGCCUGUGUGAGCCACUUUCUAAGAGUUGAUACGUCCUCACUAUACCCCUUCUCUGAUCACUCCUCUCUCCCCCUCCCUCCCGUCCUGUCUCCCCCUCCCACUCUCCAUCAGGACCUUAAGUUUACUCCAGUGAAGAAGAGAAUACGCUCCCCCUCUCCUCCCUCUUCCGACGGCAGAAAGAAAGGAGGAAAGAAGAGGUAAAGUUGACCUAUUGUCCCUUUCUCCCUCUAACUCUUCUACCCUCCUCAUUGGCCCUUUCUCCCUCUGACCCCCUCUUCCAUCCCUAUUGGCCCGUUCUCCCUCUGACCCCUCUUCCCAAUCCCUAAUUGAGCCCAUUUUCGCCCUUUAACCCUUCUUCCAUCCCUUAUUGGCCCUUUUCUCCCUCUUAAACUCUUCCAUCCCUAUUGGCCCUUUUCUUCCCUUAAACCCUUUCACCCUCCUCAUUGGCCCUUUCUCCCUCUGAACCUCCUUCCAUCCCUCUUGGCCCUUUCUCCCUCUGACCCCUCUUCCAUCCCUAUUGGCCCUUUCUCCCUCGGAAACUCUUCUACCCUCCUCAUUGGCCCUUUCUCCCUCUGACCCCUCUUCCAUCCCUAUUGGCCCUUUCUCCCUCUGACCCCUCUUCCAUCCCUAUUGGCCCUUUCUCCCUAUCACCCCUCUUCCAUCCCUAUUGGCCCUUUCUCCCUUUAACCCUUCUUCCAUCCCUAUUGGCCCUUUUCCCUCUGACCCCUCUUCCAUCCCUAUUGGCCCUUUCUCCCUUUAACCCUUCUUCCAUCCCUAUUGGCCCUUUCUCCCUAUCACCCCUCUUCCAUCCCUAUUGGCCAUUUCUCCCUUUAACCCUUCUUCCAUCCCUAUUGGCCCUUUCUCCCUCUGACCCCUCUUCCAUCCCUAUUGGCCAUUUCUCCCUUUAACCCUUCUUCCAUCCCUAUUGGCCCUUUCUCCCUCUGACCCCUCUUCCAUCCCUAUUGGCCCUUUCUCCCUAUCACCCCUCUUCCAUCCCUAUUGGCCCUUUCUCCCUUUAACCCUUCUUCCAUCCCUAUUGGCCCUUUCUCCCUCUGACCCCUCUUCCAUCCCUAUUGGCCCUUUCUCCCUUUAACCCCUCUUCCAUCCCUAUUGGCCCUUUCUCCCUCUGACCCUUCUACCCUCCUCAUUGGCCCUUUCUCCCUCUGACCCCUUCUUCCAUCCCUAUUGGCCCUUUCUCCCUCUGACCCCUCUUCCAUCCCUAUUGGCCCUUUCUCCCUCUGACCCCUUCUCAUCCCUAUGGCCCUUUCUCCCUCUGACCCCUCUUCCAUCCCUAUUGGCCCUUUCUCCCUUUAACCCUCUUCCAUCCUAUUGGCCCCUUUCUCCCUCUGACCCUUCUACCCUCCUCAUUGGCCCUUUUCCCUCUGACCCCUUCUUCAUCCCUAUGGCCCUUUCUCCCUCUGACCCUCUUCCAUCCCUAUUGGCCCUUUUCUCCCUCUGACCCCUCUUCCAUCCCCUAUUGGCCCCUUUCUCCUCUGACCCUCUUCCAUCCCUAUUGGCCCUUUCUCCCUCUGACCCCUUCUUCCAUCCCUAUUGGCCCUUUCUCCCUCUGACCCCUCUUCCAUCCCUCCUCAUUGGCCCCUUCUCCCUCUAACCCUUCCCUCACUAGUGGUGGGUCUAAGAGGCGUGGCCCAAAGGAGGAAGAGGAGGUGGUAGAGGAGGAUCUGACUAAAGAUAUGGAGGAUCCAACACCUGUCCCUAAUAUGGAGGAAAUUGUACUGCCUAAGAAUGGUACACACAAACACACACUCAUCCAAACACACACACACACACACACACACACACACACACACACACACACAUAUACAGUUGAAGUCGGAAGUUUACAUACACCUUAGCCAAAUACAUUUAAACUCCGUUUUUCACAAUUCCUGACAUUUAAUCCUAGUAAAAAUUCCCUGUCUUAGGUCAAUUAGGAUCACCACUUUAUUUUAAGAAGGUGAAAUGUCAGAAUAAUAGUAGAGAGAAUUAUUUAUUUCAGCUUUUAUUUCUUUCAUCACGUUCCCAGUAGGUCAGAAUUUUACAUACACUCAAUUAGUAUUUGGUAGCAUUGCCUUUAAAUUGUUUAACUUGGGUCAAACGUUUCGGGUAGCCUUCCACAAGCUUCCCACAAUAAGUUGGGUGAAUUUUGGCCCAUUCCUCCUGACAGAGCUGGUGUAACUGAGUCAGGUUUGUAGGCCUCCUUGCUCGCACACGCUUUUUCAGUUCUGCCCACACAUUUUCUAUAGGAUUGAGGUCAGGGCUUUGUGAUGGCCACUCCAAUACCUUGACUUUGUUGUCCUUAAGCCAUUUUGCCACAACUUUGGAAGUAUUCUUGGGGUCAUUGUCCAUUUGGAAGACCCAUUUGCGACCAAGCUUUAACUUCCUGACUGAUGUCUUGAGAUAUUGCUUCAAUAUAUCCACAUAAUUUUCCUUACUCAUUAUGCCAUCUAUUUUGUGAAGUGCACCAGUCCCUCCUGCAGCAAAGCACCCCCACAGCAUGAUGCUGCCACCCCCGUGCUUCACGGUUGGGAUGGUGUUCUUCGGCUUGCAAGCAUCCCCCUUUUUUCUCCAAACAUAACGAUGGUCAUUAUGGCCAAACAGUUCUAUUUUUGUUUCAUCAGACCAGAGGACAUUUCUCCAAAAAGUACGAUCUUUGUCCCCAUGUGCAGUUGCAAACCGUAGUCUGGCUUUUUUAUGGUGGUUUUGGAGCAGUGGCUUCUUCCUUGCUGAGCGGCCUUUCAGGUUAUGUCGAUAUAGGACUCGUUUUACUGUGGAUAUAGAUACUUUUGUAACUGUUUCCUCCAGCAUCUUCACAAGGUCCUUUGCUGUUGUUCUGGGAUUGAUUUGCAAUUUCCGCACCAAAGUAUGUUCAUCUCUAGGAGACAGAACGCGUCUCCUUCCUGAGCGGUAUGACGGCUUCGUGGUCCCAUGGUGUUUAUACUUGCGUACUAUUGUUUGUACAGAUGAACGUGGUACCUUCAGGCGUUUGGAAAUUGCUCCCAAGGAUGAACCAGACUUGUGGAGGUCUACAAUGUUUUUUCUGAGGUCUUGGCUGAUUUAUUUUGAUUUUCCCAUGAUGUCAAGCAAAGAGGUACUGAGUUUGAAGGUAGGCCUUGAAAUACAUCCACAGGUACACCUCCAAUUGACUCAAAUGAUGUCAAUUAUCCUAUCAGAAGCUUCUAAAGCCAUGGCAUCAUUUUCUGGAAUUUUCCAAGCUGUUUAAAGGCACAGUCAACUUAGUGUAUGUAAACUUCUGACCCACUGGAAUUGUGAUACAGUGAAUCAUAAGUGAAAUAAUCUGUCUGUAAGCAAUUGUUGGAAAAAUGACUUGUGUCAUGCACAAAGUAGACUUGCCAAAACUAUAGUUUGUUAACAAGCCAUUUGUGGAGUGGUUGAAAAACGAGUUUUAAUGACUCCAACCUAAGUGUAUGUAAACUUCCGACUUCAACUGUAUACACAUUCACACCAGAUGUUGUUGACUUGUUGACUCUCUGUCUGCAGUAAACCCGAAGAAGGACAGUGAGAACACUCCUGUCAAAGGAGGGGUGAUGACUGACCUGGGUGAGAGCGACAGCGUGUGUUUCUCUCUGUGUGUGUGUGUGUGUGUAGUUGUGUAACUCCUCCUCUCAUCCCUCUGUUAUUCUCUUUGUCAGAUGAAAUCGAGGAUGACUCUUUGCUUCCUGGAGGAAGGGUAACUAUAAAAUUCGAAUGUAUGGCAUUUUAUACAAUCACUUUAUAUAAUUUUACUAGGACUUAGUAUGUCUGUACCAUCCAUAUAGCUGUGUGUGUAUUGGUGUGUGUGUGUGUGUGUGUAGGAGGAUGAUGAGGAGGGCAGAGAAGGGCUGCGUCUAUCAGACGGAGAAGACAACAUCACAGAACAAACACACCACAUUAUCGUCCCCUCCUACACUGCCUGGUUCAACUAUAACUGGUGAGUACACACACUCACACACACACACACACUCUCAAACACACACACACACACACACACACACUCUCUCAAACACACACACUCACACACACACUCUCUCAAACACACACUCACACACACUCUCAAACACACACAACACACAACACACACACACACACACGCACACACACACACACCACACUCCAAACACACACACACACACACACCACUCACCGUCUCAAACACACACACACACCUCAACACACACACACACACACACACUCCAACACACACACACCAACACGCACACACACUCCAAACCACACACGUCACACCACACACACACACACUCUCAAACACUCAAACACACACACACUCUCUCAAACACACACUCAAACACACACACACACACACUCUCAAACACACACACACACACUCUCAAACACACACACAAACACACACACACUCCCAAAUACACACACACCCACACACACACACACACACAACACACUCUGAAACACACACACACUCUCAACCACACACAAAUUCCAAAAUGAGCGUUCUUUGUUGUGUUCGUUAAACCAAACAGUGUGUCUAUGUUCCAGUGUUCACCAGAUCGAGAAACGAGCGCUACCGGAGUACUUUAACGGAAAGAACAAGUCCAAAUCUCCAGAGAUGUGAGGAGCAAUUUCACGUGUUCCCCAGGGUUCAGUUCUUGGACCCCUGCUGUUUUCUUCAGACGUGACUGUACCCCUUGGAGACAUAAUGAACACUGUGUGUGUGUGUGUGUGUUUGUGUGUGUGUAGAUACCUGGCGUACCGUAACUUCAUGAUCGAUUCGUACCGGCUGAACCCCCAGGAGUACCUCAGCUCCACCUCCUGCAGAAGGAACCUGACGGGAGACGUCUGCGCCGUCAUGAGGUGUACUAGGAAGUUCAAAACACCACUUAGUGUGUGUUUUCUAUCAGUGUAUAUAUUCUAACUCUAUAUCUGUGUGUGUGUGUGUGUGUGUGUGUGUGUAUAUUCUAACUCUGUAACUGUGUGUGUGUGUUGUAUCUGUGUGUGUAGGGUCCAUGCGUUGUUGGAGCAGUGGGGGUUAGUGAACUACCAGGUGGAUGCAGAGAUCAGACCUCUCCCUAUGGGACCCCCUCCCACCCCUCACUUCAACACACUGGCUGAUACACCCUCAGGACUGGCCCCGCUACAGCACAGACCACUACAGGUAACACACACACACAUUUAUGUAUUCAAAAUCAUAGACUAUAAAGGUGAAAUUAUUGAGGUGAUUUUUACCGUUAAAUUGACAGCCUGUAUCCUCACUGUGUUAUGACUAGAAGAUCCUCUCAAAUCUCUCCCCCUCCCUCUCUCUCCUCCCCUCCAUCCAUCCAUCCCUCCCUCCCUCCCUCUCUCUCCCCCUCUAUCCCUCCCUUCACAUCUCCCUCUCCAGGUGUCCUACUCCCAGCAGAUGUUGUUCUUCCCAGAGAGGAGUGUAGAGAAGCCCUCAGACUCUCAGAACUUUGGCCUCAGAACAGACCUGUACACCAGGAAACACCCAAAGAGUAAAGGAACCAGUUCAGGGAGGGAUUGGACAGAACAGGAGACCCUCCUACUGUUGGAGGUGAGCCAAUCAUCUCUCAGCUGAUGUUCCCUCCACCAAUCAGAAAGGUAUUAUAUGUUAUCUGGCCUAUAAUCUUUUUCUUCUAUUUUCCAUCUCUUACCUCCCACAUUUCUCUACCUCCCAUGCCCCCCUUGUUCUCCUUCCUCUCUCUCUCUCUCUCCCUCUCUCAUUCCAUCUAUCCAUCCCAGGCAUUAGAGGUGUAUAGAGAUGACUGGAACAAGGUGUCCGAACACGUAGGGUCUCGUACCCAGGAUGAGUGCAUCCUUCACUUCCUGCGUCUGCCAAUAGAAGACCCCUAUCUGGAGGACUCUGCCUCCUCACUCGGCCCAUUGGCCUACCAGCCCGUUCCCUUCAGCCAGUCAGAGAACCCAGUGAUGAGCACUGUGGCGUUCUUAGCAUCCGUGGUCGAUCCCAGAGUCGCCGCUGCCGCUGCCAAGGCUGCCCUGGGUACGUGUGUGUGUGUGUGUGUGUAUGUGUGUUUGUUUUACUCAGUGUGUGUGUGUGUGUGUGUGUGUGUGUGUGUGUGUUAACCCAGUUUCUGUCUCUGUAGAGGAGUUUUGUCGUGUCCGUGAGGAGGCUGACAAGGUUCUGGAGUUCCCUGCCCUCAAGGAGGCUGAGAAGACAGGUAUGAGUCUGAAACACGGCAGACACACACGUACACACCAGGUUUUCCACUAGGAAUAUGUAGCGGCGGACAUUUGACCGGCAGCAUUUUAAUUUAAUGGACAUUUGAGACAUUUACCGGACCCAUAUGCAUUCGGUGCGUAACCUGAUUAGGGCAUCCACCUAAGGUGGUCAGAAUGACAGAUAUCACAUUUAGAUGAUGGUAAUUCAUAAUAACAGAACAGGCAACUCGAGGAUGUCCUUCUUACCGAAUUCCGAUGCGCAUUUGAAGAUGUUAAUAUACAUCUUCAAUAACUGUCCAUAACUGUCCACAUUUUACUUUUCCUCAGCCAACAAGACGAGUAACUAACAGCAAAAUCACUAGCCUAUGUCAAUCUACUAUCCCCCAUAGUAGAAAAGUUGACCUGUUCUGUUGGUCAGCUUGUCGUUCUGCGCGACAAAGAAAUAGCCUGUUCCAAACAGACUCUGGGACAGUUGUGGGAGGAUAGAUCCCAAAGUCAUCCAACCAGUAGGCCUAGGCUACAUAAAACAAUAACUUUAAAAAGCAAUGAGUCUGAUGCAACAGAUCAGAACGUUUAGCUUUAAAAUGUUGAUAACCGAUUAUUUCUUCACAUUAUAAGCUCAGCAAUGUGCACAAGGCAGGAGGCUACGUGCGAAUGUUUGUUCCAUAAUGCAAUUAGCGGGAAAACACCAUUGUCAAAAGCGCAAAUGCGAGCGGUUUCAUGUGACAAAGAUGAAAAUAUCCAUUCGAAAUGUUGAAAGGGGUGAGAUCUAAAGAUGCAACAACUAGGAUGGGUUGCUAAUAUGACUAGGUUUGUGUCUUUGGCUACUGGACAAUGAAAGGAAGUUGAUUUAAAAACCAAUAGAACACGAGUGAAAUAGGCUUCUUGUUUCAAUGGCAUAUGGAAGUCUUGAUAAAAUAAUUCCCUCCAUGUCGGAUUUUACUUUGAAGCAAGGGAAGCAUAACGACUAUACACAUGCGGCAAUUUAAUUCCACUAAAUUAUGCAAAGUAACGUAUAGACCGAUAAGCACGACCGGUCAAAUGUAUUUCCAUCGGCUGGUAUUUCCAUCAAUGAAUAGGCUAAAAAUCAUUAUUUUGCAAUGGGAUUUUUCUUCUUCUCCUGGACAGUUGGCCAGCGGAAGUUUUUAUUUAUCAGCUUAACUUUUUUUUUUAUCGUCCAAAAGCCGUCUGUUACCGGAAACCCUGGUACACACAUACACACUCCAAAACCCUCAGACUCUGUGCAGCAGAGAAUCCUUCCAUCAUCCUGUAAGAUUGAGAUCACUUUAUUGGUCAAUUGCACACAAGGUCCAACCGAAAUUUGACAUCCGCUUUUAACCCCCCCCCCCCCCGAAAGAAAUAUGCAUACACAUACAGUGCCUUGCAAAAUUAUUCAUCCCCCUUGGCGUUUUUCCUAUUUUGUUGCAAUACAACCUGUAAUUUAAAUGGAUUUGUAUUUCAUGUAAUGGACAUACACAAAAUAGUCAAAAUUGGUGAAGUGAAAUCAAAAACAAUUCUAAAUAAUAAAUAACGGAAAAUUGGUGCGUGCAUAUAUAUUCACCCCCUUUGCUAUGAAGCCCCUCAAUAAGAUCUGGUGCAACAAAUUACCUUUAGAAGUCACAUUACAUUUACAUUUUAGUCAUUUAGCAGACGCUCUUAUCCAGAGCGACUUACAGUUAGUGAGUGCAUACAUUAUAUUUGUAUUUUUUCAUACUGGCCCCCCGUGGGAAAUAUAUUUAUUUAACAUAUAUUAGUUAAAUAAAGUCCACCUGUGUGCAAUCUAAGUGUCACAUGAUCUCAGUAUAUAUACACCUGUUCUGAAAGGCCCCAGAGUCUGCAACACCAUUAAGCAAGGGAUACCACCAAGCAAGCGGCACCAUGAAGACCAAGGAGCUCUCCAAACAGGUCAGGGACAAAAUUGUGGAGAAAAAAUAUCAGAAACUUUGAACAUCCCACGGAGCACCAUUUUAAAUCCAUUAUUAAAAAAUGGAAAGAAUAUGGCACCACAACAAACCUGCCAAGAGAGGGCCGCCCACCAAAACUCACGGACCAGGCAAGGAGGGCAUUAAUAAGAGAUUCAACAAAGAUACCAAAGUUAACCCUGAAGGAGCUGCAAAGCUCCACGGCGGAGAUUGGAGUAUCUGUCCAUAGGACCACAUUAAGCCGUACACUCCACAGAGCUGGGCUUUACGGAGUGGCCAGAAAAAAGCGCAUUUGGUGUUCGCCAAAAGGCAUGUGGGAGACUCCCCAAACAUAUGGAAGAAGGUACUCUGGUCAGAUGAGACUAAAAUGGAGCUUUUUGGCCAUCAAGGAAAACGCUACGUCUGGUGCAAACCCAACACCUCUCAUCACCCCGAGAACACCACCCCCACAGUGAAGCAUGGUGGUGGCAGCAUCAUGCUGUGGGGAUGUUUUUCAUCGGCAGGGACUGGGAAACUGGUCAGAAUUGAAGGAAUGAUGGAUGGAGCUAAAUACAGUGAAAUUCUUGAGGGAAACCUGUUUCAGUCUUCCAGAGAUUUGAGACUGGGACGGAGGUUCACCUUCCAGCAGGACAAUGACCCUAAGCAUACUGCUAAAGCAACACUCGAGUGGUUUAAGGGGAAACUUAAAUGUCUUGGAAUGGCCUAGUCAAAGCCCAGAUCUCAAUCCAAUUGAGAAUCUGUGGUAUGACUUAAAGAUAGCUGUACACCAGCGGAACCCAUCCAACUUGAAGGAGCUGGAGCAGUUUUGCCUUGAAGAAUGGGCAAAAAUCCCAGUGGCUAGAUGUGCCAAGCUUAUAGAGACAUACCCCAAGAGACUUGCAGCUGUAAUUGCUGCAGAAGUUGGCUCUAUUAAGUAUUGACUUUGGGGGGAUGAAUAGUUUUGCACGCUCAAGUUUUUUUGUCUUAUUUCUUGUUUGUUUCACAAUAAAAAAUAUUUUGCAUCAUCAAAGUGGUAGGCAUGUUGUGUAAAUCAAAUGAUACAAACCCCCCAAAAAUCAAUUUUAAUUCCAGGCAACAAAAUAGGAAAAAUGCCAAGGGGGGUGAAUAGUUUCAAAAGCAACUGUACAUGCAUAUACAGGUUUUGGAGAGGUGUGUGGGGGGGGGGGGGUUAAGGGCAUGACAGCAGGCAAUGGCAUCUAGGAUUUGAUACCAGCAGCCCUCCGAUUGCCAGCUCACCUUCUGCCUAAAAAAUUGUUUUUCUCCAUUGGAACCGGGAUUCGAACUGGCAACCCUCGAACUGAUUACUUUGCUGGCUUGCCUCUCUAACCACUAGGCUACCUCUCUCUCGCUCUCUCUCCUGUAGACGCGAUGGAUGGUGAGAAUAUGGAGUCGGACUCUGACUCCCAGCAGCCUCUGCAGGUGAGACAGGAAGUGACACUUUUUUUCUUUUCUUCUUCUAAUAAUCUGAUUGUAAAUGGAUGAUGAUUCGUUGUUUGUUUGUGUUCCAGGCGGAUGGACAGAAGGUUCCAGAGCCCAGCAGAGGAGAGAGAGCAGAAGGAGAGCGAGUGAAAAGAGAGAACACUGAAACGACCGUCACAGAGGAGAGAGACGGAGAGAGAGGAGAGGAGAACAAGACAGGUGUGUCUGAUGUUAUUUAUACAGACUUGGUGUGUGUGUGUGUGUGUGUGUUGUUGUAUAUAUAGACGUGGUGUGUGUGUGUGUUGUUAUUUAUACAGACGUGGUGUGUGUGUGUGUUGUAUCUUGUAGAUGAUUUCUCCUUCGUUCUCUCGUUUAGACCAAGGGGAGGAGGAGGAGCUUGUGGGAGGAGGGAGGGAUGAAGGGAGGAGACGGGCAGAGCUGGAGUUUGUAGACGGGACCGUUGUCAAGGCAGCAGCUGCUGCUCUGGCCUCCGCCGCUACAAAGGCCAAGGUAAGCCCCGCCCACGAUCCUCAAACCACCCUAUAGAUGCCCACGUACCCCACCCAUCAGCCCAUCCCUGUCUACUGUCCAUUCAACUGGCCUAUUACGCUCUGCUUCCUUUCUUCUGGCCUGUCACUACAGCCAUUACUUAGGACCUAGUCAAUCAAGUCCUCUAACCUCUCUCUCUCUCUUUCUCUCCCUCCCUCUCUCUCUACUCCUCUCUAUACUCCCCUCUCUCUACUUCCCUCUCUCUCUACUCCCCUCUCUCCACCUCUCUCUCUCUACUCCCCUCUCUCCCCCCUCUCUCUUUACUCCCCUCUCUCCACCUCUCUCUCUCUAUACUCCCCUCUCUCCCUCUCUCUACUCCCCUCUCUCUCUACUCCCCUCUCUCCACCUCUCUCUCUCUACUCCCCUCUCUCUCUACAUCUCUCCUUCUCUCUCUCCAUAGCACCUGUCAGCGGUAGAGGAGAGGAAGAUCAAGUCUCUGGUGGCUCUGCUGGUGGAGACUCAGAUGAAGAAGCUGGAGAUCAAACUGAGACACUUUGAGGAGCUGGAGACCAUCAUGGACCGAGAGAAAGAGGCGGUGAGACUAGAUCACUGUAGACUAGAUCACUGUAGACUAGAUCACUGUAGACUACAUCGCGCGUUCUUCUGUCUCUUCUCUCCGUCUCAGACCGGACAAGUAGGCGCGCGAUGGAUUAAGGUCAUUGUAGUUAAUUACCACGUUUUUGGCACUAAAUAAUGCAGAAUAUUGGCCUGUUGGAAACAACUCCCUACUACAUCGCACAGUUCGGGCUUGAUCUGAUCUAUCUAGAGAAACUGCAUUGCACUCCCAUUAAAAAAAAGUAAAAAAUUGAACCGAUGUUGGUCAAUUAGUUCUUUAAAAAAAUGAAAUGAGUUGUUUAAAAACUAAAAAAGAACAAAUGUUGGUUAAUCGCUCAACACUGUUUUUUCAUCCAGUCAAUCUAAAUGUGAUAUUGUCAAGUUAAAAUGUCAUUAUUUGUGUAUGGAGGGUAGGUUAUUAUAGGCUGUAGGCUACUUGCUCAGCCCGCAAAUGUAAUAUAAAAUCAGCCGAUAUUGAAAUUAGGCGCAUCAUACGCUUCUCUGUGCGAUCUUGGCACAGGCCAGUAUUUCUUUUAAUUCAGGCCAGUAGCUUUCAGUUGGCACUGGCACAUUUACCUGAACGUCAAGCCCUGGUGUCUCCCCUCCCUAUGUAGUUGGAGCAGCAGCGUCAGCAGCUGUUGUCAGAGCGACAGAGUUUCCACUCCGAGCAGCUGAAACACGCAGAGAUGAGGAUUCUACAGCAGAGAGAGCAGCAAUCACCAUACACUCUACAACAGCACACAGGUCUGUACACAGUACAGUCGUGGUCAAAAGUAUUGGUCUUCACAAAGUUUGCUGCUUCAGUGUUAUGAGAUAUCUUUGUCAGAUGUUACUAUGGUAUACUGAAGUAUAAUUACAAGCAGUGUCAAAGGUUUUUAUUGACAAUGACAUUAAGUUUAUGCAAAGAGUCAAUAUUUGCAGUGUUGACCCUUCUUUUUCAAGACCUCUGCAAUCCGCCCUGGCAUGCUGUCAAUUAACUUCUGGGCCACAUCCUGACUGAUUGCAGCCCAUUCUUGCGUAAUCAAUGCUUGGAGUUUGUCAGAAUUUGUGGGUUUUUGUUUGUCCACCCGCCUCUUGAGGAUCGACCACAAGUUCUCAAUGGGAUUAAGGUCUGGGGGGUUUCCUGGCCAUGGACCCAAAAUGUCGAUGUUUUGUUCCCUGAGCCACUUAGUUAUCACUUUUACCUUAUGGCAAGGUGCUCCAUCGUGCUGGAAAAGGCAUUGGUCAUCACCAAACUGUUCUUGGAUGGUUGGGAGAAGUUGCUCUCGGAGGAUGUGUUGGUACCAUUUUUUAUUCAUGGCUGUGUUCUUAGGCAAAAUUGUGAGUGAGCCCACUCCCUUGGCUGAGAAGCAACCCCACACAUGAAUGGUCUCAGGAUGCUUUACUGUUGGCAUAACACAGGACUGAUGGUAGCGCUCACCUUGUCUUCCAGAUGCCCCAAACAAUCGGAAAGGGGAUUCAUCAGAGAAAAUGACUUUACCCCAGUCCUCAGCAGUCCAAUCCCUGUACCUUUUGCAGAAUAUCAGUCUGUCCCUGAUGUUUUUCCUGGAGAGAAGUGGCUUCUUUGCUGCCAUUCUUGACACCAGGCCAUCCUCCAAAAGUCUUCGCCUCACUGUGCAUGCAGAUGCACUCACACCUGCCUGCUGCCCUUCCUGAGCAAGCUCUGCACUGGUGGUGCCCCGAUCCCGCAGCUGAAUCAACUUUAGGAGACGUCCUGGCGCUUGUUGGACUUUCUUGGGCGCCCUGACGCCUUCUUCACAACAAUUGAACCUCGCUCCUUGAAGUUCUUGAUGAUCCGAUAAAUGGUUGAUUUAGGUGCAAUCUUACUAGCAGCAGUAUCCUUGCCUGUGAACCCCUUUUUGUGCAAAGCAAUGAUGACGGCACAUGUUUCCUUGCAGGUAACCAUGGUUAACAGAGGAAGAACAAUGAUUUCAAGCACCACCCUCCUUUUAAAGCUUCCAGUCUGUUAUUCUAACUCAAUCAGCAUGACAGAGUGAUCUCCAGCCUUGUCCUCGUCAACACUCUCACCUGUGUUAACGAGAGAAUCACUGACAUGAUGGCAGCUGGUCCUUUUGUGGCAGGGCUGAAAUGCAGUGGAAAUGUUUUUUGGGGAUUUAGUUCAUUUUCAUGGCACAGAGGGACUUUGCAAUUAAUUGCAAUUCAUCUGAUCACUCUUCAUGACAUUCUGGAGUAUAUGCAAAUUGCCAUCAUCAAAACUGAGGCAGCAGACUUUGUGAAAAUUAGUAUUUGUGUCAUUCUCAAAACUUUUGACCACGACUGUACAAUAUACGCACGCCUGCACCCUGUGAGUAUGUAGAGAUCAAGAUAUCCAUCUCUACCCCAUCUCUAGGCCAGUCCAUGCCCAGCCGGAUUAUGCCUACUGAAGGGAACUCUCUCACCAUGGCCCCCCGACACCCUGGAGCUUCCAAUGGCAUGUGUGGGUACCCUGACCUCUAACCCUGACCUCUAACCCUGACCUCUAACCCUGACCUCUAACCCUGACCUCUAACCCCUGACCUCUAACCCUGACCUCUAACCCCUGACCUCUAACCCCUGACCUCUAACCCCUGACCUCUAACCCUGACCUCUAACCCCUGACCUCUAACCCCUGACCUCUAACCCUGACCUCUAACCCUGACCUCUAACCCUGACCUCUAACCCCUGACCUCUAACCCUGACCUCUAACCCCUGACCUCUAACCCCUGACCUCUAACCCUGAUCUCUAACCCCUGACCUGUAACUCCAACCCCACACUGCUCCAAACGUGCCCUUAGCUGUGGAAAAUUUGUAGAGCAUUUUUGUAUCCAUAAAAGUUACAUAUAUUGAGCGUGUUUUGAGUUUGAAUUUAAGGUGCAUCUGCCACAGCUGACAUUCGGACACUGUGUAGUGGCUUUCAACAGCAAGCCUCAGAUUAACAUGGUAGUGUCAACAGCUGCUAUUGUUUAUAAAAGGUUUCUUUAAAUGUCGAAAAUAAACGUGUUCCUACACUUGUAUCACACACUCACAAACUGAAAACAUUUAAAUAAAACUUUUAUAAACAAUAGCAGCUGUUGACACUACCAUGUGUACAAUGAAUUGGUUGGAGAGAGGUCUCAAAUAUCACAUUAAUUUAUAUCCACUGUAGCUUUUGAUUUGCGGCCAAGGUGGUUUCUGUUUCAGUCACGUCUUUGGUCACAUUUGCGUGUGUCAAGCAAAAUCACCCUAAUUGACAAAUAGUGCCUGCCUCCCACAAUGCAGGUGAUGACUGCAGAGUGCAGUUGGUAUGCAGCAACUGCAUGACCUUUGAUCACAUGGUUUUUGUAAAGUUCAUGCAGUCGACAUGUGAGGCACAAGUUGGACAAAUUUUUAUCCCCAUAAUGCAACCCAUUGACCAUUGACUGCAUAAAACUGAUCUGCUGGAACGCAGCCACUUAUGUAGUUUCUUCUUCUCUUCUGUCAGACCCACCUGCGCAGCCUGAUGGGAUAGCUCCGGCCCAGCCUGGUCCUCCAACCACGGCCAUACACAGCCGGGGAGCCGACACAUGAGAGACACACACCUUGACCCCAGUCACACACAUUCCAUAUUUUGAGUACUUAAUUUAGAUCCACAGUAAGAUAUUAUGUCAAGGUCAUACAGAUGCCUGGACAGGUAGUCAUGGAAAUGUAUGUAAUCUUCACAUCUGAAAGGUCCUCAUGUGUGACUGUUUACUGUCAUUUUGAUGGUAUUUAAUCAUUGUCUCACACACACAUGCUGUACCCUUUAUUGACCAGUGCCGAAGAGUAAACUCAAAUCAUUAAAAGUGUUUUCUAUGAAACGAUCACA